AUUCGUGUCGCACGGCCCAAUCGGCUUGAUGGGAUGAGAUGCAGGUCGUUUGGUCGCAUGUCAGAUCAUUUAGCUCCUUUGUACUUGUGCCAUGGAUCUAGGUUUCCGUAAUGACUUGACAGGGUUUCUCAAAAGACCUUCGACGUCCCAAGCCAACAGGACUUCUCUACUUGUAACCUGCUAAACACCUUGCUACCAGCAGCCAGAGGAUCAAGUAUGGCAACCCCUGAAACAACAAAGGCGAAUGUGAAUCAUACCGAAAACGCCUCGACAAUCAACGACAGCACUCUCGAGCACACACUUACACAAAACAUUCACGGCUUCGAGAUUGAUUUCGCUGCACUGCCAAAAGGCUACUACUACAGUCGUUUCUUCCUGGGUACCUUCCUUGCCACCGGCCUCGCAAUCAUCUGUGGUACUGCGGCCUUUGGUUUCGCAGCUCCCAUCCUUGGAGUCAUCAACGCAGAUAUCGGGCCUGAUGCUAGGUACACGUGGAUUUCCCUGGUAUACAACGCUGUUCUUGCCGUGUUCCUUUCGCCCGUCGGACGUCUUAGCGACAUCUUCGGUCGCCGCUACUUUUUCGUUGGAGGUGCCGUUGUUGCCAUCAUUGGAAGCGUGGUUUGUGCUACCGCGCAGGAUAUCCCUACCCUAAUUGGUGGCAAUGUGCUUCUCGCCGCUGCUACGGCUACGCAGCUCAGCUUCCACUUCGUCAUCGGCGAGCUCGUGCCUAUGAAACACCGCUAUUUUGCUAUUGGCAUGAUAUACAUAUUCACCUACGCUAGCUCUGGCAUGGGCCCUGCUAUAUCUGCGAGCUUCGUCGCCAACCAUCCAAACGUCGGGUGGCGCGGUGUGUACUGGCUGCUGUUUGCAUUGAAUGUAACUGCUUUCAUCCUGUGGACCGCGUUCUACUAUCCACCUUCAUUCUCCGAUAAACAUAAGCACGACGAGAACCGCAGUAAGGUGUAUUGGCUCAAGCACUUUGACUGGAUCGGGACUUUCCUGUUCGCAUCUGGGUUCAUCGUCUUUUUAAUGGGCCUUAGCUGGGGCGGCUCACUUUACCCCUGGAAGUCUGCCGCCGUUAUCAGCGCUAUCAUUAUCGGCUUCGUGGUCCUUGUUGCUUUCGUGCUCUGGGAGAUCUAUGCACCCAUCAAAGAGCCCCUGAUCCCAAUGCACCUGUUCUUAAACGGGCGUUGGGUUGCUGCCGUGGUCCUGCUGGGCUCGGGUGCUGGCGUUUAUUACGCAUUCAGCAUCGUCUGGCCCGCACAAGCCGCCGUACUCUACGGCAACGGCGACACUAUUCGAGUUGGAUACAUGAGCACCAUCGUGGGCAUCAGCAUCAUUACAGGCCAAGUGCUCGCCGGCAUAUUCGCUGAGCGGAUCGGAAAGACACGGUAUCAAUGCAUGGCCGCCUUCUUGAUUGGAGGCACCUUUCUCGGCUGUGCUGCAGUUGCUAACCCCGACAAUGGGAGCACAACCAUGGCACUCAUCUUCCUUGGCUGCAUGUUCAUCGGCUGGAACGAGUCCAUAUGCCUGGCGAACUCGACCAUCCUUGUCGAGGACCAGAACGAGAUCGGAAUCGCCGGUGGCACAGCGGGUUCUGUACGUGCAGCAAUUUGCGCUGUCUUGGUCGCAAUCUACUCCACCAUCAUGACGAACCGCCUCGAAGAGACGAUUCCUGCUCAAGUUUCGCCCGUCCUCAUCAACGCCGGUCUUCCUGCUGCCAGCGUUCCCCUAUACCUGCAAGCAAUACGGCUUGGUGCUGCUGCUCUCGCGGCUGUACCCGGCAUCACAGAGCAGAUCAUGGCGGUGGGAUAUAGAGCUUACCAGGAAGCAAACGCAGAUGCAUUCCGGACAGUGUAUCUUGCUACGAUUGCCUUUUCUGCUGCUUCGGUGGUUCUGACCUGGUGGGCACCGAACACUGAUGAUCUGAUGACAGGCAAGGUUGCUGCGACGCUGAAUCAUGAAGGCCAGCAUGGAAACACGCAGGAGAAGCACAGAGAGAAAAAAGAAGAAAAGCUGGAAGAAAUUCACCGUCGAGAAUGA